UAUUUUGUGCAAGCUUUAAAAAUCUUCUGUCCUUAACCAUUGGGCCUAUUUCUACCAAAUUUGGUAUGUAUUAAAAUCUUAAAGUUCUCUACCAAGUUUUUUCAAAUUAUGCCCCUGGGGUCAAAUUUGACCCUGUCCCGGGGGUCACAAAGAUUAACAUAUGCUUAAAUAAGGCCUAUUUUGUGCAAACUUUAAAAAUCUUCUUGUUCAUAAUUAUAGAGCCUAGGUCUACUAAAUUUGGUAUGUAGUGACAUCUAAUAGUCCUCUACCAAAUUUAUUCAAAUUAUUCCCCUGGGCUCAAAUUUGACUCUGCCUCAGGGGUCACAAAACUGAACAUAUGCUUAAAAGCCUCUUUUAUGCAAACAUUAAAAAUCUUCCUGUCCAUAACCAGUGGGCUUAGGGCUACCAAAUUUGGUAUGUAGUGACAUCUUAUAGUUCUUUACCAAGUUUGUUCAAAUUAUGCCCCUGGGGCCAAAUUUAUAUAUAAAAAUGCUCACCCUUCCAACUUUAAGCGCCCAGUGGGACGAGGGAUAGAAAGAGAAAGUCACAUGCUUGAGUACAUUUCAACCCAUGCACAUUGCACGCUUUUUUCGCAUAAAAAAGUGGAGCGAUACAGGGCCAUCAUGGCCCUCUUGUUGUUGAAUAGCUUAGUUGUACAUGUAUCUUUGGCAACAGAUGUUACAUCCAUUGGUUAUUGCCCUUGGAUUGAUUACAAUUACCAUACAGUAUUACUUCAGACUAUCAGCAUUAGGAGAUAAAUGACCAUUGUUUUGUACAUGAAAUCUUGUAUGCAUUGUGGUUUGAACGUAAAUAGAGUGUACAUGUGAAUUGUUCAUGUAUAAUUGUGUGCAGUGUGGAUACAUUCAGAGACCAGGAUGACGUCCAGUGCCCUGUUGAUACCGCAACUUCUGAAAAUGGAGGAGCCGGACUUUAACACUGCAAUCGGAGACAUGUCCAUCACGAACCUUAUUGAGACCAUCACCCUGAUACAGAAGGAGAUGACGCGAGAACAAGAGAACUUCACAGCGUUGGGGUCAGAGCUGAGCGGCCUGAAGAAGACCAGUGGUCAGUACAAGUCCAUCUCCAAGGAGAUGACCGCCUCUCAGGCCAGACUGACCCUUCUCAUGGACCGCAGCAUGAAGUGCUUCAACCAGAAAAUGCGAAAUUCAGAGAACCAGACUGCAGACAAAAAUAAAUCAGAGCCAGUCAAACCAAAAUCAGAGCCCUUGCCAGUCAAUCGAUUAAGCACUAGCGAUAAACCUCCAUCACUGAAGAACUCUGCAGGAUCAAGAACGAUGAUCAAGGUGCAAUCCUUAAAGACAAACAAUCCAGUGAAAGUGAACAAGGCAGAGAUCAAUGGUGCAAAUAAUGACGAUAUUAACAGACUGAGUUUUGAUGCAAAGAAAGAUAUUGUUUCCCAUGCUUUGCCCUCUAUGCAAGACACUACUAGUUGUCAACCUGUUUUAGAAAAUGUAAGUCAAAUUGCAGUGUCUAAUUCCCAACAAAUUAAAGAUAUUAGUAGUCAAAACAGUGGUGCUACAAAUGGGUACGCAAGUGAACCUGACCUUAAAGCAACUUUGGUGAUGUCAGUAACAGAAGAUGUUAAAGAUAAUCUAGCUGAUAAUAAGCUUACAAAAGAUUCUGCACAAGCUGCAAAUUUGAAUGGUCUACAACAUGAACAACCAGAAGUUGUGAAAAGUAGUGAAAAGCCAAGUAAACCUGCAUCUAAAGUUGUCCUAAAUGUAGACAAGCAACUGAUUGACCUUGAUUCCUUCACUGAGAGAAAAAACAUGCUUUCUGAAUUGAAAAAGUUUGACAAGCAUUUGAAAUCAGUACCAGUGAAAUCUGACGCAGUAAGUGAGAUCAAGGUUGCAAUGAAUGCAAGUAAACCUGAUGAAGAUAUCAAACAAGAACCACAUGGCUUCGAAGUUGAUGUAAGAUCAAAAAGUGCCCUGUUUGGUGAAAUAAAAGCUGUCAAGAAACCUUCAGAUAAUUCAGUAUCUUCAAAAACCAGUAAAACUAAUGGGCCAUCAAGCAAUUCCAAAACCAAUAGUGAAAAUGACAAAAAUGAUCAAGCUAAACAGUUUGAUAGUCUUUUAGAUGAUAUGGAUGCUGAUAGUGCAGAUCUUAACAAAAAUCCAGAAAAAGAAACCCAAGAUGACGUUAACACUGACAUUGAGCAGAAUAUUGUGAUUAUUAAGGACACUGACACAGGCAUUCUAGAAGCACAUAACCCUCUUAUGGUCCAAAAGAUUCCAGCGUCAGAUGAGAUUACUGCUCCCCAGUGGCGGACAAUAGACACCGUUAAGGAAGAGAGUGACGACUGUGUGAGUCAGACGUCGGACAUGUCAACAGAUGAUGACAGAUUUGUGACAGAGUUCUCGUUCCCUUCUGUGCUGUCAAAUAUUCAAGCUGCGCCGAAGGCUGCUUCAUUAACUGAGCCCAACAAUGUAACCAAUGGCGACAGUAAUGAGGUGAAGUCUGCUGUCAAGGUCAAGCCAGAGGUCAAGAUACGUGUCACUGGAAAUGAACCAAAUGGCAGCAAUGAGGUCACUAAAAAUGGGCCAGAGGCCAAAGGCAUUGUUAAGGUCACAGGAAAGCAGCCAGAUGUCAAGGUCACUGGAAAAGAGUCUGAAGUCAAGGUCACCAGGAAUGAGCCAAAGGUCAAGGUCACUGGAAUGGAGCCUGAGGUCAAUGCAGCUGGGGAGGAGCUGGUCAAGGACACAAGGGUCAAGUUUAGGGACUGGGACCCAAGCAAGUUGCUGGCAAAGCUGUAUGAAGUUAAAAUGAUGCCAGAUAACAUUGAGGACAUCUCUCACAAGUUCAUAGGCAUGGAGGGACUGAUGGAGAAGCUGCCCAUGAACAAGAAAAAGGCCACGCUACUCAAGACCUGGAAACGCAGGUUCUUCCGAGCACAAGACGGCUGGCUGCAUUAUUAUGAGACAAGCAAUCGGGACAAGCCCAGUGACAGCCUGCAGUUGAUGGGAGGAAAGGUGGAGGAGCUUGGACCCAGGGUACUUGGCGUCGAUGACGGGCGUGGGAAAUACCUGAUGGUACGAGUGCCUACGGAUCAUGAGUAUGGCCAAUGGAAGAUCGCUCUGGAGUCACAGACUGCUGACAAUGUCAAGGCCACCUACGUCAGACCCUCUCCUGCAUCCAUACCAAACCCAAAGAAGAAGGUGAUAAUCAUUGAUAUUGGCACAAGUGGGAUCAGAGCUGGUGUUCUUGGAGAAAGACCCACUCUGCCCCAGGUGUUCUUUCCAAGUGUUGUUGCCAUCGAUAAGUCCACAGGGAAAAUCAUUGUUGGACCUCAUGCUCUUAAACCUGAAGUUCGGCAGUCAUCCAAUGUGAUCAAUCCAAUCCAACCAACCAACAAGGUGGAUAAGGGCCAGGUUCUACCAUUCAACAUUGAUAUGGAGGUGAUGCAGGCUAUCUUCCACAAGGUGUUCUCCGACCUACAGAUCAAUCCCACCCAGUUCCUGGUGAUGCUGAGCACGCCUCAGACGCUGGGAGAGAAGAUGCGAGAGGCCAUGAUGCACAUCCUGAUAGAUGAGCUGCGUGUGCGCGGUGCGUGCAUGGUCCAGCAGUCCCUGUUGGCGCUCUACUCGUACAACGCCAUGUCGGGCAUCAUUGUGGACAUUGGGGAGAGACUGGAGAUACUGCCCAUAUAUGAAGGAGUUCUUAUUGAGGGUGGUGUAUCCAGGCAAGCCUAUGGUGGUACCAAGAUACAGGACUCGCUUCACAUCUCCCUCCUGGAGAAUAGAUACAAGUUCAGCACACCAGUUGAGAAACUGCUUGUGAAGUACAUCUGUGAACAGGCGUGCUAUGUGAGUGGUGACUACAAUCAGGCCAAGACGGAGUGUGAUGGUGACCCGACCCCCUUCAGGCGCCAGGUGGAUCUCACAGAGUUUGACCUGCCAGAGGGUGCUCAUAGCUUGGUGGAGCUGGACUAUGCAUGCUUCAAGAGCCCAGAGGGUUUUUUCAACACUGAGCUCUGGGAGAUGGACUACAAGAACCUUCAGAGACAGGUGUUCAAUGCCAUACAGCAGUGCCCCAUGGACUCACGUAAACACAUGUACAGGUCUGUCUAUCUGAGUGGAGGUGUGACAAUGAUCCCAGGGUUUGCAGAGCGGCUCCAGGAGGAGCUUCAUAAGCUUGCCCCUCCUUCCGUGGUUGUAGAGGUGCAUGCCUCUCCACAGCGCUACCAUGCGGCGUAUAUUGGAGCCUGCUCUGUGGCCUCCAUGGACAUAUUUGAAAUGAGCUGUGUCUCUACUGAGGAGUGGAGAAAGCACGGAGUGAAAGCCUGCAGUAAAUGGGGAACCAACUGAUCAUGUGAUGCCUAUAUAUGGACAUGUCACUGCGACCACAACAAACUGAUCAUUAGAUGCCCAUAUAUGGAGAUGUCACUAGGGCACCAACUGAUAAUGUGAUUCCCAUAUAUGGAGAUGUCACUGGGCCUACAACUGAGUGAUCAUCUGAUGCCCAUUUAUGGAGAUGUCACUUGGAUCACAACUAAUUUAUCAUGUGAUGCCUAUAUAUGGAGAUGUCACUGGGGCACCAACUGAUAAUGUGGAGAUGUCACUGGGCCCACAACUGAGUGAUCAUGUGAUGCCCAUUUAUGGAGAUGUUACUUGGAUCACAACUAACUUACCAUGUGAUGCCCAUAUAUGGAGAUGUCACUGGUACCCCAUCGAAUUGAUCCUGUGAGCCUCAGGGAAAAACUUGGUUUCAUGCAUUUUCGUAAAGUGUCAUCAGAUUAGCCUGUGCAGUCUAAUUUGCAACGCCACAUUGCACUUUUAUGGAAUUUUUCGUUUAAAGGAAGUCUCUCCUAAGCUAAAAUUCCAGUUUAGGUAAAAAGUGUUGUCCCUGAAAAGACUGUGUAGACUGCACUUGCUAAUCUGGGACGACACUUAAUUAACAUGCAUUAAACCCAUUUUUCCCAGCACAAGGCUUAUGCGAUACACAGCAAUGGAAGAUGUCACUAGGAUACCAAUCAUUGAUCAUGCAGUGCUAAUGGUUGAAAUUAUAACUCAAACAUGUAUUGAAUAAGCAAAGAGCAAUGUGGCUUAUUAAUCAAUUAAUCAAGAUUAAAUAUGCGUACAUGAAGUAUUCAGUAUAAAUAUUGUAUCCCAUAAUUUUUACCUUUUUUUAAUGCAUUCUUUUAUUUUGUUCAGAUAAGGUCAAACAAGAAUGCUUAAAAAUAAAUACUUGGUGUGUUAUCAUACAAAAUUAGUAGUAUUUUAAAUGUCACAUCAUGUGCUUUUCAACUAUAAUGUUGUGCACAAAAAUUACUAAUGUUGUUUGGGUAGACUGAUAAUUUUGUUAACACAAUUUAUCAUAUCAUUUUCAAUACAAGUGAUUAUUAUGUGGCCUAGUGAAUUGGUCACUUGAUCACCAAAAAUGUGAAGUGCACUGAUUGAUGAUGUCAUAUGGCAUAAACAUGUGUGCCUUGUUCUGGGAAAACUGGGCUUAAUGCAUGUAUUGAAAAUGUCAUCCCAGAUUAGCCUGUGCUGUCCACACAGGCUAAUCAGGGACUACUUUUUCCGCUUUUAUGGAAUUUUUCAUUCAGAGAAAGUCUCUUUAAGACAAAACUAAAGUCAAGGCGGAAAUUGUCGUCCCUAAACUGUACAGACUAAACUGGGAUGACUCUUUACAUUAAGCUGAGUUUUUCCAGAACUAGACUGAUUUGAACACUUCAUCUUUAUGAUGUCAUUUGCAUGGCAACUUAUUAUAUGGUAUUAAUUUAUUUAACCCUUUCCCGCUCAGAAGCAAGGGGAAAAUUGCUAUAUGCAAACAGCAUAAAACCAGAACAGCCUAAGUUACUCGCUGUCUGUUCAGGUUUUAUGCUGUUUGCUGCUCAUCAGUAUCUAUUAUUCUUAGGGUUUGAAAUGAAGCCUUUAAAACUUGAAUUUAGUAAGAAAGGUUUUAAUUAAACUAUCUAUGGGACAACAAAUUCGUCAAAAUACUAUCUAAGUAUUAAUGAUUUUUCAUAGCUUCAACUUUAAGGAUGAUGUUUAAAAGAUUGCUUGCUAUUAAGUUUUAUACUAAAUUGUCCGAGGUCGUCAUGUUUAAGUUGACAAAGUGUGUUUUUUCUGAUAAAAUGUUGCAGUUAAAUAGAAUAUACAGUCCUAUUAUUUGAAAAGAGACGUUUUGAACAUAGGUGCAAGGUCACAGAAAUUAAAUUAAAAUUGCAAAUAUUGUUCUGUACUAAAAGUAUGUAGUCUAGCUAUGUGAUAUAAAAUGUAAAAAUGGAUUGUUCAAUACAGUUGUUUAUUUGUCAUAAGCAAUUAUGAUAUUCAAUCAUUUCACAUUUAUAUGUUAAACUUGAAUAUAUAUGAUUUUAUGUUAGUAUUGUCAUGUAAGUAGGCCACAGGUGCAGAAGAAAUAGUUUAGAUAUGUUUAUUUAUUUAUUAUGAAAAGACUCUUAGAGAAAUGUAUUUUCUUUCAGAAUACCCAAAUGUUUUUAUGUACAAAUGUACACCAAGAAUGAUGUUUGAUAUUGUAGAUAUAAUAUAAAUAUGCUAUUUAUCUUUGAGUAUAUAUGACUUUAUUUUUAUAUAUUGCAAAAGUAUAUAUUAUUCAUUUGUUAAAUUUAAACAACCUAAGCUAGAUUUACUAGCAUAUAUCAAAUAGAUAAACACAUUUUACUUCAAUAUAUAUCAAUUUAAAAUGUAUGUUGUCAUAGAUAAAAUAUUCUAGUUUUGUGUGAAAAUUAUAUUGAGUUCCCAUAACUUUACAGUAAUGAGAAUAUUGUAAGAUAUACUGAUCUAUUUACUCUUCACUUUGUAGGCUUUUUAUAUGGCUGCAUGAGGAUUUUGUAAACACAUACCAUUUGGUUACCAUGGUGCCUUUACUCUGACAUGCGUACAGUAUAGUUGAUGAUUUCCCCCAAGAAAAUUAAUUAAUUUGCAAAGUUUCUUUACACCAUUUUAUGACCCGUUUUUACUUAUGAUUGUAAUCCUUUUUUUUUUUUCACACAAUCCCUGAAAAGUGACUAUUUUGUACUUCAAACGAAUGUUAGUUUUGCAGUGAUAACGGAAUCAAUUAAUUUUUAAACUUACUGUUUUAGAUCUUACAAACAAAAUUGUAUUGGAUUUUAAUCAGACUCAAAGGCAAGUAUUUCAUUUAUAAGGAAUAUAGUCUGUUAUGUAUAAUGUAGUGAAUAUUUGUUCUUGGCUACAGGUAAUUUUGUGUUUGGUCAAAUGAAAUUUUGGUGGAAAUAAAAAGGCUUUAUAAUAUGAUUGUCUUAUCAAAUGUUUAUUAUAUCAUAAUUACAUUUGUGAUACGGUAAAAUGCUUUUUGUCUUACCUGCAUGAUUUUGAUUUCAUGUUUCAUGCUUUGGUUACCGGACUAUUUGCAUAUGUAUUUGUAUAUUAUGAUGCUCUCAAAUGAUUUUGUGGCAAAUAGCUUUAUUGUUUUAUAUUUUGGUUUUCUCUAGCCUUUAUACGUAAUGAAUGUUUAUGUCAAUACUUAUUUAUUAUACCACUUAUACCACAGUGAAGAAGUUGGAGCCUCUAUUCUGGAAACAACAUUGACGUCUGUUCAAUAUAACCAUGAUUAUAACAACUUCUAUAUAACCAUGAUUUUAACAAAUUGCUACACAUAAAAACAUUCAUGAUGGGGUGUGUGUGUGUUUGCCACUAUUGUGGCAAGCUUUUGUUAACCCUUUCCCCCAUAAGAAGCAAAGUGAAAAUGGCUUUUCCACUAUAAAACCAUAACAGCCUUCGAGUAACUGGCAGUCUGUUCAGGUUUUAUGCUUUUUGCUGCUCAUCAGUAUCUAAGGGUUAGAAAUGAAGCCUUGAAUUUGUUAAGAAGGGUAUUUAAAUAAAUUCAACUUUCUAUUGGUGUACAAAUGCGUCAAAAUACCUAUCAAAGUGGUAAAGUGUUAAAACUAGAGGACUCUGUAUUGGAUGUUGGUGAUUGUGUUUGUGCAUUUUAUGCUGUUUACUUUUGCAUUCCAUACAUUUGUAUACAUUUUGUGAUAUUAGCCUACUGACUACACAAUUUUGUCGUGUCAGCCUUUAAAAAUAUACGUUCAGUAAUUAUUUGCUUUCAUAGUGUACAUAUUUUUUGAUUUGGUGAUUUUAUCCAUUUGAAUUGUACCUAGCGAUUACACUUUUUUUGCAAUUCUUACAUCGUUGAUCGGAAUUGUUGUUGUUUUUAAGGAUUUUUUAAAAUUGAAACAGCUGCAAAUUAGCUCUGUUAUCAUUCAUCAAGACCAUAAAAAGUUUACAAAGAUUGAAAUAUACUGAGCAUAAUGGAAGUUGCACAAAUGAGUUUUGGUUAUAAGCAUAAUUACAUUAUGUUCAACUUAUCAUUCUUGCAUAACCACAUUUAUUAUAAUUCAAGUACUGUUCAAUGACAUUCCAUUUAGGGUGUAGUCGUGCCUGCUCAUAAAAUGGGACCAAGUUUUCCUACACAUGUGUAUUUUGUUUUUGUUUUUCUUGUAGACAGUGAAAACUAUAGCUUUGGUGUCCAAAACCACAUUCCAGCUUUUGAAUUACAUUUUGUUGUAGAUCUCCCAUGUUGUAUCUGGUGGGUUUGGUACAUUUAGUGUAAUACAGAUUUUAUCUCCAAAUAUUGUAUUCUUCUAAGAAAAAGAAGUGCCAGUUUAGUUUUAUGUAUGUCAAAUCUUAUAGUAAAGAUAACUGCAAGUUAAAAAACUGCUACAGAUUUUUGCACCUUAGUAUUUAUUCCUUACAGGGUCAUUAGUACAUUAAACUGUAGGAAUACCUGUAGGUAAGAUACACUGAGGCAUGCCAUUGGGGAAUAAUUAUUACCAUUAAUAGUAAUGGCAUUUCAAAGUGCUUUCAAAGAUCGAUAAAAAUACAUCCGAGUUAAAAUUUGUUUCUCUAAUU